CAAGCUAGAGUUUUCCCGUUAGUACAGUGCAUCAAGAUGUAUCAUGAGAAGGAUUUUUAGAAUGUGCUUUUCCAGAGAACUGUGGGAUCGUUGACCGACACCCUACAUUAAAACCAUCGAGGUAUUAUAACACAUACUUCCAUGAUUAAAACGGCCAGCGAUCACCGGCAACCCCCAUAGUAAACACUCCAUCAAGAUCAAGACCACUCUUUUCGCGGGCGUAGAACCAAGGUUGACCAUAAAGUGUGAAGUGAGGUGAGACAGGUUAUCAGUCAGACCACGUGCAGCAUAACGUUAGCCACUGAAGUUAUUGUGCAGUGAGAAGCUGGUGGUACACAAAAUGGAUCCCUUUAAUCCUGAGGUGAAAAAAGAGGAUGAUAUAGAUGAGUCUUCUCCUUCAACUGUAAACCCAGACGCUUCUCUUUACUCGCAGUGUGGGAUUUUGAGAUCGAUAAAAGAGGAGAGUGAAGAAAGAGAAAAUUAUCAGUUUAUGGAUGAAGUGAAAGAAGAAAUUGAUAUUAAGAUAGAAGAGGAGGAAGUGCCAUCACCAGAUGACUCUCUGAUGCUCUGUAGUCAAGAAAGACCAUCAUUGAAGGAAGACAGAGGUAAAAAAAGUUUCAGCAUGGACUCUGAGGAAGAGGCACUGUCACUGCUUAUACUUCUGCGAUGUCGCCGCCGCCAUCGUCGGAGAGCGCUAUGGAUGCACCCAAUUACUGCUUCGAGAUUGACCCACGGACAGUUUUACAUGAUAAUGAGUGACUUAAGAGCAGAUGAUGAUAAAUUUUUUGACUACUUUAGGAUGACCCAGGAAAGUUUCAACGAACUCUUGGCCAUAAUUGGCCCCCACAUUUGCAAAGACAGUACACACCUAAGGAAGAGCAUUCCAGCUGAGGAGAGACUUGCCAUGACAUUAAGGUUAUUAGCAACAGGGUGUUCCUCUUCUGAACUACAUUACACUUUCCGGUAUGGGAAGUCCACCGCUAGAGAGAUCGUGCAAGAAGUGUGCAAGGCGAUAAGGGAGUAUCUACAUGACCUGUGUUUCCCAGAACUAACAAAGCAAGAAUGGCUGAAAAUUGAAGAAGGCUUUCGUUGUGAAGCACACUUUCCAAACUGCAUAGGAGCCAUCGAUGGCAAGCAUGUGAGGCUCAUUAAACCAACGGGCAGUGGUUCUAACUACUUUUGUUACAAGAAGUAUUUUUUAAUGGUGUUGUUAGCUGUAUGUGACGCAAACUACAGGUUUACUUUUAUAGAUGUCGGUUCUUAUGGUAAAGCAUCAGACUCCUCAAUCUACAAAAACAGUAACCUCUACAAAAAAAUGCAGCAAAAUACACUGAACAUUCCUAGCGAUAAAGCGGUGUCAACGAAUGGGGACCCACUUCCCUUCGUUUUCGUUGGCGACGAAGCUUUUGGCCUCUCUACUCACAUGCUACGCCCGUAUGGGGGAAAAAAUCUCCAACACAAAAAGAAAAUUUUUAAUUAUCGCUUAUCAAGAGCGAGGCGAUACAUCGAAAGUGCAUUUGGCAUUCUCACAAAUAAAUGGCGCAUAUUUCAUAGACCACUGGAUUUACAUGUUGAGAAUGCCGAAAACAUUAUCAGGGCAUGUUGCACUUUACACAACUUUGUAAGAGAAAGGGAUGGUGUACAUUUUGAAGACACACUGAAUGUAGUAGGUCUGACUGAUGGUGAUGGUGCAAUACAAGCAGGAUGCCCUCGAUCCGCUAUAACAAUAAGAGAAAAGUUCUCGAACUACUUUUCCAGCAUAGGAUCAGUUUCGUGGCAGGAUAGAAUGAUUGGGAACAGAGUGUAGGGCAAAUCAAUGUGUGACAUAGUAAAGGAUGUAAUGUGUUACAAACUUUUUUCUAAAUUAUUUCUUGUGUCACUUAUGUAUUAGAUAUACAUUAUUAUACAUUAUUAUACAGCUAUGUAUGAAAUACUAGACUUACAAUAUCAAAUAUUGUGAAUAUAAAUAUAUGAAAUGUCAUACUUACUUGCUUUGUUUUUUCCUUGGCAAUCCAACUCAUUGAAGUUGGGUAUGAAUAUAGAGCACUAUUCCUCCCAUGCCUUUGCUUUCAAAAUUUUGUUGCUGUAUUCCUUGAGGCGCACGUCCCAAAUCGCUGGCCUAUCUUCUAUUUCAAUAAUAAAUCGCUCUGUGUCAAAGCCGAAUGAAGCCAUGGCAGGUACAGCCCGGACUACAAGUUUGUCAAGUCACACUCUGCAGACAAUAACAAAUGGUAUUUAAAAUAAUGCUAAAUGUGGGAAACACAUUUUCAAUAUGAUUACAAUGACAUAAUAACGCUAAUGAUAUCUUACUUAGCCGUGAUUAAAUUUAUUUGAUUAAAUGAUUAAAUAAAAAAAAACUUUAAAAAACAUGUGAAAAACUGCGUCCGUUAAUAUUUCAUUGAAUUUAAAAUUUCAUUUUUAUUGUACUUUUUUAUAACUUAAAUUUAUUAACUUAUCGUUGAAAACGGGAAGGUUAUGUAUUAGGUACGGUUUGUCUGUUUAUAAAUAAAUAUUGACCUUUCACACUGAAAAAAGAAUGCUAAGUACAAUUUAUUGGGGCUUAAUAACUUACCUUGUUUGAACAGCAGGACAACACACACCUCACAUCUACGAAGUUUCCUGCAUCACUGAUUAGCAGCCACAUGUGGUCGCCAGAGGUCGCUAGUGUGCUCUCAGCCAGCCACAAAACGCCGCCACAAAAUGCGCUGUUUGUGGCGGGGACGAGCGACAGCUUGCCACAGUCGCGAGCCACAGACACAAGUGUGAUCGGCAAAGCUUGAAAACAAUGGGAACCUAUGGGAGAAAAUAUCCCCGCCACAAAACGCAGCCACUUGUGGCUCUACAAAGUCGCUAGUGUGCUCGAGGCCUUAGUGUUAUUUUCAGCAAAGUCUGCCCUAUCCUGCAGCUUAAACUGGGAAUACCCACAGCAAAAUUGAUUAAAUAAUCAUUCAUUUGUUAACAUCAAGCAAAAUUAGAGUAAUAUUAAUGAUUUAUCAAAGAUAUUUUAAAAUUAAACCCACGUGCCUUUGGGAUUUCUCUUCAUAUCCUCAGACCAUUGCUACCACAUUUUUUUUUUUUUUUUUGUUAAAAAGGUAAAAUUAAAGAACAGAAGUAAGUACAAUAAGAUACAAAAAGUAUAACAGAAAAAUAAAGAAAAUAAAGGUACAAUAAACAAGUGACUCAAAAUAAUAACAAACAAACAAAUAAAUAAAAUUUUAAAGAACCCCACGAAAUAUUAAUCUAAUCUCCCUUCCCCCUCCCCAUCACAAUGUAACAUGAAAUCUACCUUCAGUAAGACUGGAAUCAGAGCAAUUUCUUUCCUUCCCUCGAAGCGGCUUUUAUUUCUUUACGAUCCGAUGAAGUGAUCUUUUGUUAUGCGUUUUCUUUCCUUCUCCUUUCUUUCUUUCCUUUUCCUUUCCUUCUCCCCUUUCAUGUAUAUCAAUAUCUCAUUUGUUUUUAUUUC